GCGGGACGGAGCGGGUCGGGCCCGGUGCAGGGCGGGCGGGGGGGCGGCCCCAAUCCGGAUCUAUCCCCCGCCUCCGCGCUCCCGGCGGGCUCCGCCGGACCCUGCCCGGCCUCCGUAGCGACCCCUGCCUGCGGCCGGCGGCGAGGGGGGCCCCAUCCCCGGCCUCCUCCCCUCAGCGAAGCCAAGAUGGAGCCCGGCCAGUGAUUUCCCCGUUUACAAUCCGUUGUCAUCCGCCUCCCGGAUCGCCGCGCGUCGCUUCAUCUCCGGUUUCUACGAACGCUACAAGCUCUUAGCGACGCGGCGAGGCUUGUAUUGACGGGAUCGCGCAGGAUUUGGGGGCCCGGCGGGGGCUCUGAAGAGGGGACCCCCCCCCCCCCCGCCCCUUUCCUUUCCCCUCACAACAUCCGCCGCCAUUUUCUCCGUGGCCGUUGAUGUGAAGGCCGGUGCGUGGUCCCGCGCCGCUCACCGGCCGGAGCAGCCGCCGCCUGAAGCCAACCCUGCCCCGGGGUAGGGGAGGGGGUCCCCGGCUCGUUCUUUCCCCCCCUCCCCGCUGCCCGGUGAUGCGCUGAGCGGGAAGGGGUCGCCGGGCAAAGUGGGGGGCUCGUCGGAGGAGGCGACGGGAGGAGGAGGAGGAGGAGACGAAGGGCGACCGGGAGCGCGGACCGAGCGCGCAGCCGCCGCCGCGAUGCUGCAGAAUGUGAAUCCCCAGAGCAAGAUUCUGGGAGAGGGCAAUGCCGGGCUCAUGGGCCUGGCGACGGAAUCGACUCCCGGCAAGCGGAUCCGUAAACCUUCGCUCCUCUAUGAGGGCUUUGAGAGCCCCACCAUGGCAUCGGUGCCGGCCCUGCCGUCCCCGCAGGUGAAUCCGCCUCCGCCGGAGGUUUCCAAUCCCAAGAAACCGGGUCGGAUCACCAACCAGCUCCAGUACCUGCACAAAGUGGUGAUGAAAGCGCUCUGGAAGCACCAAUUUGCUUGGCCCUUCCGCCAACCGGUUGACGCCGUCAAGCUGGGCCUGCCGGAUUACCACAAGAUCAUCAAGCAGCCCAUGGAUAUGGGGACAAUCAAGCGGCGCUUGGAGAACAACUACUACUGGGGCGCUGCGGAGUGCAUGCAGGACUUCAACACCAUGUUCACCAACUGCUACAUCUACAACAAGCCCACAGAUGACAUCGUGCUCAUGGCCCAAACCCUGGAGAAGAUCUUCCUGCAGAAGGUGGCGCAGAUGCCGCCGGAGGAGCAGGAGAUCGUGGUGCCGGUAGCCAAGAACAGCCAUAAGAAAGGGGCAUCGCGGGCAGCAGCGCUCCUGGCGGGACUGACGGCUGCUCAACAAGUGCCGGCUGUCUCCUCCGUGUCCCACACCACCGUCUUCACCCCGAGCCCCGACAUCCCCACCACCAUCGUCAACAUUCCCCACCCAUCCGUGAUCUCCGCUCCGCUCCUCAAGUCGCUGCACUCCACCGCCCCGGCCGUCCUGGCUGCGCCCGCUCCCACCCAGCCCGUGGCCAAGAAGAAAGGCGUCAAGCGGAAAGCGGACACCACCACCCCCACCACCACCGCCAUCAUCGCCACCAGUGGCGAAUCCUCACCCUCAGCCACUCUGGUGGAGCCUAAAGCGGCCAAGAUUCCCGCCCGGCGCGAGAGCGGUCGCCCCAUCAAACCACCCCGGAAGGAUUUACCGGAUUCGCAGCAGCACCAGACGUCGAAGAAGGGCAAAUUAUCGGAGCAGCUCAAGUACUGCAAUGGGAUCCUGAAGGAGUUGCUCUCCAAGAAGCAUGCGGCCUACGCUUGGCCUUUCUACAAGCCCGUCGACGCCUCCGCCCUGGGUCUGCACGACUAUCACGACAUCAUCAAACACCCCAUGGACCUCAGCACCAUCAAGCGGAAGAUGGAGAACCGGGACUACCACGAUGCGCAGGAAUUCGCCGCCGACGUCCGGUUGAUGUUCUCCAACUGCUACAAGUACAACCCGCCCGACCACGACGUGGUGGCCAUGGCACGCAAGCUGCAGGACGUCUUUGAGUUCAGCUACGCCAAGAUGCCGGACGAGCCGCAGGACACCAGCCCGCCCUCGGUGUCGGCGCCGCUCGCCGGUGCUCUCUCCAAAUCCUCCUCCGAAGAAUCCUCAAGCGACGAAGACGAAGAUGACGAAGACGACGAAGACGACGACGAGGAUGAGAGCAGCAGCGAGAGCUCCUCGGAGAGCGAAGAGAGCUCCGACUCAGAGGAGGAACGCGCUAACCGCUUGGCCGAGCUGCAGGAGCAGCUGCGGGCCGUGCACGAGCAGCUGGCUGCCCUCUCACAGGGCCCCGUUUCCAAACCCAAAAAGAAGCGGGAAAAGAAGAAAAAGAAGAAAUCAGAGAAGCACAAAGGACGAGGAGGUGACGACGAGGCCCGGGCGCGCCAGGCCCAGCUCCGCAAAGCCAAAAAAGCCGGCGGGAGCGGCGGAAGCGGCAGCUCCAAGAAUUCCAAGAAGGCGGCAAAAGCGGCGUUGCCGGUGCCGCCGGCGCUUUACGACUCGGAAGAGGAGGAGGAAAGCAAACCCAUGACCUACGAUGAGAAACGCCAGCUCAGCUUGGACAUCAACAAGCUUCCUGGGGAGAAACUGGGCCGAGUUGUCCACAUCAUCCAAUCCCGGGAGCCUUCCCUGCGGGAUUCCAACCCUGAGGAGAUCGAGAUCGACUUCGAGACCCUCAAACCCUCGACGCUGCGGGAGCUGGAGCGCUACGUCCUCUCCUGCCUACGGAAGAAGCCUCGCAAGCCCUACAGCGAGACCAUGAAGAAGCCGGUGGGGAAAACGAAAGAGGAGUUGGCGCUGGAGAAGAAGCGGGAGCUGGAGAAGCGGCUGCAGGAUGUCAGCGGGCAGCUUAACUCUGCCAAGAAGCCCCCUAAGAAGGCCAACGAGAAACCGGAAUCUGCCCAACAAGUGGCCAUAUCCCGGCUCAGCGCCUCCAGUUCCAGCUCGGAUUCUAGCAGCUCCAGCUCCAGUUCCUCAUCCUCGGACACCAGCGAUUCGGAUUCGGGAUAGAGGCCAUUAGAAUCUUCCGGUAAUGGCAGCCGGGGCGGAGCACGUGGGCAGGUUCGGAAACGGCAGCGGCUCUGCGAGACCGGACUCUGGUGAACCGGACUAAGGGGUGGCCUCCGCCCGGCAGGCAGAGCCUGGGGGGCCAGGGGGAGCCCCCCAUUCCCGACGGCUGCGCCCUUCGGAUGCGCCGGGCGGGGGGAUCCCAGUGUUUACAGGCCGGAAGCAGCGCCGGGUUGUAGGGGGGGGAAACCUGGCUGCGGGGUUGCCCCCCCGUUUUUUUUUCCCACCCCCCCCCUUUUUUUUUUCUCCCCCAGCAGGUUUUACUGUUUGUUGUUUUAG